AUGAAUGAACCUAAAAAUAAUUUUCGAAAUUAUCCAAUUAAUACACUCGGUGAUUAUAUUCGACAAAAUAAUUCUGCUUGGCGUACACAUAAUUAUCCAAAUAAACAACAUGAUCUUGAUUGGUAUCGAUAUUUAAGACAACAAGCAAAUCUACCUGUUCAACAUGAUGUUCUCUAUGGAAAAAGACGAAAAUCUAAAGUACAAUCACAAACUCAAGGAACAGUUGUUUAUGACGAUGAUGAUGAUUUAGGAAUAAGUAAAAUAAAUUUUACUUCACCACCGGUUACUCUUACAUGGCUUGAUUUAAAAGCAAAGGCACCACCAGAAGAUAAAGGUAUUAAACGAACAAUUACAAAAGCAUUGUGUCCAUGGAAAGCAGUUAGUCAAUCAACAAUGUUGCUCGAAGGAGUUAGUGGCAUUGCUAAACCAGGUCAAUUAGUUGCUAUAAUGGGUGCUAGUGGUGCUGGUAAAACAACAUUAUUAAAUAUUUUAACAAAUCGUCGACCUGGUACAUUAAAAAUUGAGGGUGAAGUUAGAGUAAAUGGAACAAAUAUGGGUAGAAAUAUUAAUCGAGUAUCAGGUUAUGUACAACAAGAAGAAUUAUUCAUACCAUCAAUGACAACACGAGAACAUUUACAUUUUCAUGCAAUGUUAAGAUUAAAUCAUGAUAUAUCAAAAGACCAACGAAUUGCUCGUAUUGAUGAAAUGCUUGAUUUGUUCAAUUUGAAUAAAGUAGAAAAUACGGUCAUAGGUCAACCAGGACUUAUUAAAGGUUUAUCAGGUGGUGAAAAACGACGUUUACUCUUUGCUUCUGAAGUAAUGAUUGAUCCACCUUUAUUAUUUGCUGAUGAACCAACAUCAGGUCUCGAUGGAAGCAUGGCAUUUACAAUAUGUGAUGCAAUGCGUAAAUUGUGUAAUCAAGGUAAAACAAUUGUUUGUACAAUUCAUCAACCAUCAAGUGAAAUUUUUCAAUUAUUUGAUACACUUUAUCUAUUAGCCGAAGGACGUGUUGCUUAUUUUGGUUCAAGAAAAAAAGCUCAAGAAUUUUUUAAUACAUUAGGUUUCGAAGCACCAAAUAAUUAUAAUUUAUCAGAUUUUUAUAUUCAAACAUUAUCGAUAUUACCAUUUGACAAAGAAAAAUCACUUGAACGAAUUCAAAAUAUUUGUGAUACAUAUGAACGUUCAUCUUUUAAUAUUCAAUAUAUUGAUGAAAUUCAAAAAUAUCAUUCAAUUGAUGAUGAUCAACCAAAUAGAAUAUUUGAUCAUUCAUCAAAAUAUAAAACUAAUAUUUUCAAUCAAUUUCGUUGGUUAUUAUGGCGUUUAUUGAUUGAUAUGUUUCGUAAUCCAUUUGAAUUUCGUUUACGUAUACUUGUAUCAAUAAUUCUUGGUCUUAUUCUGGGUUUUUCAUUUUUAAAUUUAAAAUAUGAUCAAACCGCUUCUCAAAAUAUGUCAUCAGUUUUAUUUCUAAUGAUUCUUGACGUAACAUUCAUGGUUGUUCAAAGAAAUGCUGAUAGUAUGAGUCGACAAUCACCAUUAUUUUUUAAAGAACAUGAUGAUGGAAUUUAUCGUACAAUACCUUAUUAUAUAUCAAAAGUAAUAGUCGAAUUACCAAUAACUGCAAUUGAUAUAUUUUUAUCAAUAACUAUUAUUUAUUGGAUGGCUAAUUUAUAUAAUAGUGCUCGAAGAUUUUUUAUUCUACAAGGUAUUCUUCUUCUAUGUAUGUUAGUUUCAAUGUCUGUUGGAACAUUGAUAGGAGUCUCUAGUCCAACGCCUACUGUUGCUUCAGCACUAGUUGUUCCAAUUCUUAUCCCUCUGCUUGUUGCAUCUGGUUUUUAUAUAAAGACAAACUCAAUACCUAAAUGGCUUAUUUGGUUACAUUAUAUUUCAUGGCCUUAUUAUACAGAUGAACUGUUAUCGAUUAAUCAAUGGGCAGAUGUUAAAUCAUUUGACUGUAAUCCAAUGGGUAAUACAACAUGUUUAAGAAAUGGUGAUGAUGUUCUUGCGUAUUAUAAUUUUAAGAAAAGUAAUUAUAAUCGUAAUAUUGGUUUACUUGUUCUUCUCUUUGGUGUUGGUCAACUACUGAGUAUUCUUAUUUUACUAUUACGAACAAAAUUUCAACGAAAGACUUUAUAA